GCGGGGCCGGGACUGGAACAGCCGCCGCGCGGACCCGACCAGCCUCGCCGGCUCCUGCCCGCGGGCCGCGAGCGCGACGACCCGGGGCGACCGGGCGGCGGCGGCGUGGGCGAGAUAGACUUGCAUGUGUGGGACGCUGGGCCAGAAGCACUUCUGAACUAAGAGCUUGGAUUCUGAAGUGUGGGAAGCACUGAGACCUGAAGAUGAGUGAACUUGACCAGCUGCGGCAGGAGGCCGAGCAACUGAAGAACCAAAUUAGAGAUGCUCGGAAAGCCUGUGCAGACGCGACUCUUUCCCAGAUCACAAACAACAUUGAUCCAGUGGGAAGAAUUCAGAUGCGAACCAGGAGAACGCUGAGAGGUCACCUGGCCAAGAUUUAUGCCAUGCACUGGGGCACAGACUCAAGGCUCCUUGUCAGCGCCUCUCAGGAUGGGAAACUCAUCAUCUGGGACAGCUACACCACAAACAAGGUCCAUGCCAUCCCUCUGCGCUCCUCCUGGGUCAUGACCUGUGCAUAUGCUCCUUCCGGGAAUUAUGUGGCCUGUGGUGGACUGGAUAACAUCUGCUCCAUUUACAAUCUAAAAACUCGUGAAGGGAAUGUGCGUGUGAGUCGUGAGCUGGCAGGACACACAGGUUAUCUGUCCUGUUGCCGGUUCCUGGAUGACAAUCAGAUAGUUACCAGCUCUGGAGACACCACAUGUGCCCUGUGGGACAUCGAGACCGGCCAGCAGACAACCACGUUUACUGGGCACACUGGAGAUGUCAUGAGUCUGUCUCUUGCUCCUGACACCAGACUGUUUGUCUCUGGUGCUUGUGAUGCUUCAGCCAAGCUCUGGGAUGUGCGAGAAGGGAUGUGCCGGCAGACCUUUACAGGACACGAGUCCGACAUCAACGCCAUAUGUUUCUUUCCCAAUGGCAAUGCCUUUGCCACAGGCUCAGACGAUGCUACCUGCAGGCUGUUUGACCUCCGUGCAGACCAGGAGCUCAUGACCUACUCCCAUGACAACAUCAUCUGUGGCAUCACCUCUGUCUCCUUCUCCAAGAGUGGCCGCCUCCUCCUUGCUGGGUACGACGACUUCAACUGCAACGUCUGGGAUGCACUCAAGGCUGACAGAGCAGGUGUCUUAGCUGGACACGACAACCGAGUCAGCUGCUUGGGGGUGACUGAUGAUGGCAUGGCUGUGGCAACAGGGUCCUGGGACAGCUUCCUCAAGAUCUGGAACUAAGGCCAGUAGUGGAUGGAUGCCAUGGUGACUGGAAGACCAUUCCAACCGUGACGCGCUACAGCGAUAGCAUAUCCUGUCCAACCAUACCAUACUAACACGGACACCCACACCUCCCCUCAGAACUUCAAAAGGGCAAGAUCUUUUUUCCUUCACUUAUUGCUGAAACCAAGAGCACAACUCCCAUUGACAGAAGGAUCUCUGUGCUGUAACUAAACAAAUUGUGCAUUCCUUCCGGGGCCACUGUCCUGUUUUCUGUUCUGGUUCUGUUUCUUUUUUGUUGUUGUUGUU